ACUGCCGCACCUGCGCAGCCAUCUUGUAACUUCUCCUGCGGCCAGAGGAAGGAGGAGGAAAAAAAGCCCGGAUAAAGGAGCCUGCUGUUAUUCAGUAAGAGUAAUGUCCGGUAAGUGAAAGGAGCUCGUAGUAAAGGCGGUGUGCAGCAGUGACAGCAGCAGCAGCGGAGGGUAAACCGAAACACAGCAGCCUGAGUCACCACAGUGCUUCACAAUCACAAUCGGAGGAAUCAUCUAUUAUCUCGGAGUCAAAGAGGAAGCAAAAGUGUUCGUCAGACUUCCAUUUAAAACACACACCCCGGCCUUCUCCCACCAUGAAUCCUGAAUACGACUACCUGUUCAAACUGCUCCUCAUCGGUGACUCUGGAGUGGGCAAGUCAUGUCUCCUGUUGAGAUUUGCAGAUGAUACAUACACGGAGAGCUACAUCAGCACCAUCGGAGUGGACUUCAAGAUCAGAACCAUUGAACUGGAUGGCAAAACUAUUAAGCUUCAGAUUUGGGAUACUGCUGGACAGGAAAGGUUUCGCACCAUCACUUCCAGUUACUACAGAGGAGCCCAUGGCAUCAUUGUGGUGUAUGAUGUCACUGAUCAGGAAUCUUACAACAAUGUAAAGCAGUGGCUGCAGGAGAUUGAUCGCUAUGCCAGUGAGAAUGUCAACAAGCUGCUGGUUGGAAACAAGUGCGAUCUCACAACGAAGAAAGUAGUGGACUACACAACAGCCAAAGAAUUCGCUGACUCUCUUGCCAUCCCUUUCCUUGAAACAAGCGCUAAAAAUGCCACCAAUGUAGAGCAGGCCUUUAUGACCAUGGCCGCCGAGAUCAAGAAACGCAUGGGACCGGGAGCUACGGCUGGAGGAGACAAACCCAACCUGAAGAUCGACAGCACUCCAGUUCGACAGUCUGGUGGUGGCUGCUGUUGAAGAGCCUCUCUCUCUCCCUGUCUCUCUUUCUCUCUCUCUCCCUCUUUUUCACACAUAGACACACACAAACAUGCCCUUUCUGCCCUCUCUCACACACACACACACACACACACACACACACACAUGCACACACGCAUACAUACAUCUAGGAGCAUAAGAACAGAAGGUGAAAAUGUUCUAACAGAGUAACCACUGCGUUCGAAGCCAAAGCUUGAGUUUUAACGUUCCCUUGGCUUCCUUGCAAGGAGUUUUGUAGCCUCCUCUAUGAGAUCCUGGUCCUCUCCUUGGUUUUAUACUCCUAGACUCACACCGUAUCUCUUUUGACCUCUGUCUUCUGAAAUCUUGACCUAUUCUUCUAUUUUAGUCUCACCUGCAUUAAAAUUCCACCCACAACCCAAACCCUCUGAAGACGCAGUGAUUUCUAUCUUAUGACAGAGGUGCAAAUAGAAAAGUAAUUGGCUUUUGGAGGACAGCCUUUUUAUUGUAAAAUAAAGAGCUGAGGGAUUUGAGUGAGUCGGGAAAGUUGCAUAAUCCUGUUUGUCAUGAAGUCUCUCCCAGUUUUGCCUUCAUCGAUCCAACACAAACCCUUGUACACUUGUCAAAGUUUCUUUUGUUGUUCAGUGUAUAAAGAAUAAAAAACCUAAAUUUGGCAAUAUUAUAUAUUUCAUAUUCUGAUCUUACUAAGGUUAUUAUUCGUUUUAAGACUUAAUGGUAGUUUGUUUUUUUGUUUUUUUCCUAAUCAUAAUUAUUGUACAAAGGCUUACUGCAGUCAAAUUUAGGUGUUUGGCAGGGAGAGGGUGGAAAGCUUGAUGUCUGGAGUAUGGGCUGGCUGACUAAAGCUACUGUUCCCCGUUACCUCAUUUAACUCCUCCCCGGUCAUUUGUUUUCAGUGUAUUCAGGAGCAGGAGAAAAAAAGUUCAAUCCAGACUGGAACUGUAACGCCUAGUGAUGGCUCAAUUUUCUCUUCUGUAUUUUAAGUGAAAGUCAGUUGUUGUUCCUCGUCACUGGACGCUCAGUGCAGUAAAGCAAUGGUAUACGAAAAAUCAUGCAAGCUUUGCGGCAGAGUAGUUAGUUUUUGGAUUGCGAGAUGAGCUUUCAUUUCUUUUAUUUUUUUAUUUUAAUUAUUAUUUUCAGGUGUGCCGGUCUUUUUGUCAAAAUUACUGUAGCGUUUGGGUUUCAUUUUGUCCAAGAUGUCUUGGGUUUGACGUCUACUUUGACAUCUUAGCGUUUCGACGAGUCAGUCUUUUGCAGAAUCUGUAUAGACGUUGCGUAUGUUUUGCUGUACAAGCUCAGUUCGACACAACCCAUCAUCCCUGCAAAACUGUGUGGUUUAGAAAUGUCUUUGUAUGUGUGCAUAAAGUGUAAACAUACACGGGGGGGUGGGGUGUACUCCUGAAGGUGUGUUAAAUCAGUGGGAUGUUUGUACUGUGGGUCUUAUCAAGAUGGAGGAUGUUGGGACUGACUGGUCUUGGCUUAGAGACCGGAUAUGACCUUCCAUAUUCUCCAAAAUACAACACUCAUGUUCAAGCCCCUUUUUCUUUUUGCAUUCGGCCUAAAAUAAAAUUAACUUAAUCUUUGAGACCUUUCAUUAUUUGGUGUAGAACAGUACAAAAAUCUUGGCAGUGUAAGGGUUAAUAUAUAGCCCUUCAAUUUAAAGCCCCUCUACCCCUAAUGUGACUUCAAGUUUAGAAAACAAAAGCGUCCCCUUACUAAGUUAAGAUUUAAAACCCAUGAGCAAUGACUUUCUUGUGGACAACAGACAGUGUUUUUGUCAUAAUAUAGUAUAUGUAGAAUGUGGAUCUAGAAAAAAAACAACCUAGAUGCAGUUUGUGUAGACCUGUCUUGAAGAAGUUGUCUAUCAUAUUGUAAUAUUAGAGUACUAAUAAACUGAGCCAUUUACAUUUAAUGCCACUUCAGCCAUUUUUAACCUCAGAAUAACACUUUUUUUGGGAGAUUAAAGACAUUGCUCAGUGAGAUUGGUUUGGUGGAAUGGGGGUGAAGGGAGCAGUAGCAGGUUUGUGGGGGGUGUACAGGGAUGGGGUUGGGUUUACUGUAUUUAGGAACAUUCCUUCUAUUUCAAUUACAUGUGAUGUCUGUAAAAAAAAAAAAACCCCAACAAAAAACAAACAAAAAAAAAAAAACACAACAAAAAAUCACAUACGUCUCACUUCAGACCUGUACUCCAUCACACAUUAAAUCCGAGUGCCCUCUGUUUCCUACAUGUUCAGAAUGCGUUAUUUUUGUUGUUUUUUUCCAUGAGGCUUGCUGUUCUACUGAUUUUAACCUAUGAAUUGAGCUAUUAAGUUGUGAUGCUGUGUGUCUGAUUAACGGAUUUAGGGCCUAGGGGCAAUGUAUAAGGGUGGGACAUUAUUCUAAACAAGAGGGGAGGGGCUGCUUUUGAAUGUGAUGGAAUUUUGCUGCGUGCUUUCUUUUUUGUUUCUCUUUUUUUUGUUUUGUUUUGUUUGGCUUUUACUUUUUAACUUUGUUCAUUGUUCUCUCUGUCAUUUGCACAUCUCUAUGUUGCUUUGGGCGAGGCAUGAUGAAGGUGCAGGCGACUGUUGUAGUGAGAGCACCAGGCCGGUAGUUCUUUCUCUCUCCCACUGCUUGCUCACUCUGGUGCUCUUUCAUAGCUCAGUUUGAUCAUGUUUUUCUUCUUUCUGUACAUAUUAUUAUAAAUAUAUAUAAUAAAAAUGAUCAAUGUCUUA